CCCGUCCCUCCCAAAUAAGUGAAUAACCAACCAACUGCCCCCGCCCGCCGCACCUACCCUACCGCGAGCAGUCAGUCAGAGCCGCACGAGCGCCGCGCCCAAAGGGAGCCUGCUCCGCUCCGAUGGCCCGCGACGGCGCGUCGGCGGAGCGGCGCCGGGUGGCGCUGCGGGUGCUGCUCGCGCGGGGCGAGGGCGCCUCCUCGUCCUCCUCUCCCCCGCCGCGGGGGCCCGAGGAGGAGGCGCCGCGGGGCAAGCAGCAGCAGUGGCUCGCGCUGCGCCUGCGCGACCUCGGCUGCGCGUCCGCCGCCGCGUCCCGGGCCCACGCGCCCGUCGCCGCCUCGGCCUCCGUGCGCCCGGCCGCGGAAGAGGAGGGGGAAGGGGAGGAGGAGGACGACGACGAGUGGCGCGCGAGCCGGCAGCAGCGGCGGCGGAGGCGGAGGGAGAGGAGGGGCGCGAGGGUCGCGGGCGGCGGAGGAGGCGGCGUCGCGGCUGCUGGGGACGUGUGGUGCACCUGCACCCCGGGGAUUCCCUUCGCCGCCGAGGCGUCCUCGGUCGACUGCGUCGUCGCGCGCCACCACCACACGGCGGCUCCCGGCCGCCGCGGGGACGGGGAGAGGCGACACCGGGAGAGGACCGCGGAGCAGCGGGCGCGCAGGGUCACCAUGCGGGAGCACAUAUCCACCUCCUUCAUGGACUCGCCGCCGCGCUUCCACAUGCCCUUCCACGACGCCGACCUCCCGCAUUCAGGCCGCCACCGCCACGCCCACCCCUACGACAGGACCGACGAAGAGAUAAUGAUGUUUCGAACGAGACUGCUGUUGGGAAGAAUGGGCAUGUAUGAUCAAUAUCAGGAUUGGCGCCUCGAUGUCGAUAACAUGAAUUACGAGGAGCUACUCGCGCUCGAGGACAGGAUCGGCUACGUAAGCACAGGGCUGCGAGAAGACGAGAUUGUUCGCGGCCUUAGGGUUGGCAAACACCUGCCGUUCGACCGCAAACAUUUCUCAACAGAGACGGAGCGGAGCUGCAGCAUUUGCCAAGAAGAGUUUGAAGCAAGCGAAGAGAUCGGGAAGCUGAGCUGCGGGCACGGCUACCAUGUGCACUGCAUCAAGCAGUGGCUCUCCCGGAAGAACGCCUGCCCACUUUGCAAGGUCGCCGUCUCAAAACCAUGAAGAUAGAUCAUACAUCCCUCACUACGCCACACAAUUUUUCUUCCUCAGCUGGUAUAAUACAUGUAUUUCAUAUCGUAUCUGAAAGGGUAUUUGUUCUUGUAUACGUAGUUGUGCUCGUACAGCCCCCUCUGAUGCUCUGCAUAUGCGCAUUGUUGUUGUAAGAAGAAUACACUGGCACACAUGCAUAUAGAAAUGAUAUUGUCCGCGUCGACUUGAA